AUGAAGGAUACGUUUGUUGGAGAAUGUAGAGCCAUUGAACUCCCCCGCAAAUCUACUUUAAUUUGUGUUUCAUCGAUUGUUUCACUAAGAUGGCAUGCGGUUUCUUCAUGGACAUGGGAUGCUCAGGAUGAAACUUGUGGUAUAUGUAGGAUGGCUUUUGAUGGUUGCUGUCCUGAUUGCAAACUCCCUGGUGAUGAUUGUCCACUAAUAUGGGGUGCUUGCAACCAUGCAUUUCAUCUUCAUUGUAUUUUGAAGUGGGUGAAUUCUCAAUCUGCUCAAGCACAUUGUCCCAUGUGUCGCCGUGAAUGGCAGUUUAAAGAAUGAACAAUAGUUCCGUGCAUCUUUUGCUCAUGAAUGUGGCAGUAGGAAGGAAUGAAGUGUCUUGUGUGUGAUACUAUGAAAUUCUAGCGAUAAUAGCUGAGCUGAUAUGUGCUCAUCCCCAUAUACAAUUAUUAGUUUAAGCUUUUAAGGCCUAGAAUAGAUGGUGUAUUUUAUCAGACUUGGUUGCAAGUGCAGAUAUUCUAUUAGCCAUUUAUCCCAAAAGUCCUCAAUAUACCAGUUGCCAGCCAUUGCUUGAGAAGAAAAAGAUAUACCGGAUGUUUAUUUCUGGUCCAAAGUAGGCAGCCUGUCAUUAUAAGUCUGGCUCCUUUACAACAGCCGCCUCUACCCCAUUUAUGCCCACUUG